AAGAGAAAGUAAACUACGCGGAUUGGGUUUGCAUGGCGGUUUUAGGAAACAGGAAUGAUUGUGCCGAGGACGAGAAUACACAAUAUGUUUUGGACGUUUUGUGGAUUUAUUCUAGCCCUUGUUUGCUUAGGUGUAAAUGGAUCACAGCCUCUUCGUGAUGUUCAAUGGCUUCCUUGUCAGUUUGUGGAUGAGAAAGUUCAUAUAAACGAAGAAGGUCACGCUGAAACCAAGUAUAUCCACAGAGAGUCUGUACUUCAGUUUGGUAAAGAUGGGGACAGUGCUUUACACCCCGCAAUUACCUUCCUUGUCACAGGUUCUAAAGUGGAUAUGGGGCGUUAUUUGGAGGGAAGUGAGGACACACUACAAUGUGAGAUCCGUAGAUACAGCACUGGAGGGAUAGUAAUGCGCUGGCCUGUUGCAGGAGCACAAGAGUAUGACGUCUGGUUCACCUGUACAUUACGGCAUACACAAGGCUUGUUCGUCAUCACCAGCUUUCUCAGACACACACCUGCGGCUCCUGUUCAGGGACAGGUGGACUUUCUACAGUGGAUGUCAGUCAGUGAUAGGGAUCUCCUGACAACAUCAGCUGCAAUGGUUGUUUUGACCCGGACUCCCUCUGUUGAGGUGGGAUUCUUGAAAGAGCCAGAGCUGCACUGUCAGUUUGCAGUGGAUCAUAAACUGCCCAAUGCAACAGUGGAGUGGAGACUUCAACGACAUGGCGAACGGACCAAGCUUUUUAGCUACUCCAGCCGCACUGGUAAAAGUGAAGGCAGAGGAGUUACUGUCAAGACCAUUGCUGGCGGAAACGCCUCAUUUAAGCUUGAACCAACCAGAAAACACAGUGAGGGCACAUAUGUCUGCUCUGUGAUGGUUCCUCCUCUCUUUGGCAGCCAUGAUAUUCCUCUUAGCCUAAGUGAACAGCCCCGUGUGUCUCUGAACGUGGGCUCCACCUUGUCUAUGGUAGUUGAUCAGGACCAGAAGCUAAUCUGUGAAGCAGAAAACUACUAUCCACUGGACGUAAACAUUGAGUGGUACCGUGAGCCACAUGGAGGAAGCCCUACACCUUUGUUCUUGAAGAACGUUCUGUACUCCAGUCAUCGAAUACAUCAAGAUGGCACAUAUUCGCUCUCAGCCUUCUUCUAUCUACAGCCUGGCCUAGAAGACUCUGGAUAUAAAUACACCUGCAGAGUUUCCCAUAAGUCUUUGCUCACCCCUGUCCGCAAGAGCUUUUACCUUGUAGUUACAGAACCUGACUCUACCAUGUGGUAUAUCGCAGUCUUUGGGUUUAUAAUCGCCAUGCUAGUAAUUCUGUGUUAUAUGCUGCCUCAGUUUCUUGCAGGACGAAGAUCAAAAAAGAUGUUUUGAGAGCCCAUGCCUGAGGAUUUAAAGUACAGCGUCAUGGAGACCGUCAACACAUCCCUCUUUCUCACUUUCUGUCUCUGCUCAUCCCUGCCGUCUCUUCCUAUUGCUGCUGCCUUCGCCAAGAUCAGGUGCUCUUCAUGGGAAAACGGGGAGUCGCUGAAAGGUGUAAUUCCAGAAAUCAUGGUUUAUGUCCUUGUUUACAAUGGCUGAUAAGGUACUUUUGCUCUCCAUGAACUGAAGAAUGUACUCAGCUUUACGGCUGAAUUAUUUUUUGAGGGUUUUUAAAUCUUAAUAAUGACAGUUUGGAAGGAAAUUCAUGAAUACACUGUUGAGUUUUAUAAUUUUAAGUUAGAAAUGAUAAAAUAAUGUAAUGAAUUGACAAAAAUAAUAAAAAAUAUAUAUUUUUUAGCUAAAUUAUGAGGGAAAAUAACGGGAAAAUAUGUUUUAAAAAACAGUUGCUAAAAAGAACAAAAAUAUUUUGAUGCUUGAAGUAAUGUACUUAAAGUUUAUUUGAACAAAAAAAGUCAAAUAAAAUGUGUGUUGUUCCGAUUGCUUCACAUUGAAAUAUA